AUGCGUUCUUUGGCGACUUUUGAGACCGUCAUUAUGGAUGACGAAGAUGCAGCUUUCAUUCGUACUUUGGCUAUCCCUCCUAAUCAAAGAUCACAACAAGAAAAUGCUGCUAUUUUUAGUUAUCUUCGUACCAUAGAAGGUCUAAAUAUUCCCAGUCCAUCAUCAGCUUAUCGAGAUGCUGAAUUACGUUCAAUUAGUCGGUAUGCACGUUAUCGUCGUGUCCCUGGUGAUGUGUUGUUAUAUCAUAUUGGUGAAUGGUGUGAUGCCUGGUUUAUUCUAAUCAGUGGGUCAGUGCUUAUCGAGAGCUCAAUGUUUUUACCUCGUGCAUGUUUUGGAACUCGUACCAAUGGAAAUUUUUAUCGUCGUAAUGACUGUCUUGUCCUGGAACCAUCUGAUCUUGUUGUGAUUGACUACUUGGACAGUGAGAAUUUGCCUGUUUCAUUUACUGAUACUCAUCGUCAAGCGGUUGCUCCAUAUAAGACCAGGCAUUCACUGGAUCGUACAUCUAAUUCAAAGAGUAAUGGUUCACGUGCUGUUGAUGUUUCAUCAAAUGAAUCACCAUCAUCUCAGGGUGUUGGAUCCUUGCCUAAGGCUUUAUCCUCCUUGUCAGUUGCGAAUACAAACGCUGAAGCCGAUAAAAAAAAGAUUAAAAGGACUGUGAAGCCUACUAAACAUAAAUCGGAUAGCAAUAACACUAGUAUUAAUGAUCCUUCAAGAGUUUCACAUCUAAGUGAUACAUCAUCAGCGCAUUCAUUAAGUUCUGGUGGGGGAAUCAAUACUCAGAAUGAUUUAUGCCAUGGACGUCAAGGAUUUUUUCAAUCAUCAGGUGUUACAUCAACUCCAGAGAAACGUGAUAAAAAACAUAGCAGCAGCAGUAAUUCUUCACGAUGGGGUAAAACUCAAUCAGAUACAAGUCAUUUAGCGGAUUCUGAAGGUGAAGAACAACAAGAAGAGGAGGAUGAGGACGAUGAUGACGAUGAAGAGGAGGAGGAUGAAGAGGAAGACUUGGAAUCGGGUAGUCAUGAGUCUAUUCGUGAUGCUUUUUGGGAGUCGAUUUUAAAACUACCCUCAGAACGUACACAGGAGGAUAUUGAUUUACUUCUGGAAAAUGUUGAACAAUUACCGGCAUUCUCUAAUCUAACUAAAGCUACCUGUCGUUCACUUUGUUCUGUAAUGGUACUCGCCAUUGUCCGUGAAGCUGGUCAAAUUGUUUUAAAUGAUAAUGAAAAAUUGGAUACUUGGUCUGUAGUGCUUAACGGGACUGUUGAGGUUAUUGAACCAGAUGGUACAAUACGUGAAUUAACUCGUGGUGAUGCAUUCGGUAUCCGGCCGGGUAAAACAGAUCGUAUACAUCGAGGGGUCAUGCGCACGGUCACUGAAGAUUGUUAUUUUCUAUGUGUACCACAAGCAGAUUAUAUGAAAAUAAUCAGUCGUGAGGGGGAAGCUGAAAUACCAGAGUUGGGUGAAGGUGGACGUGUUGUUCUUGUCUAUGAAUCAAUUAAUUUAGACACAAAUCUUAGCAGUGAUUUAAGCACUAACAAUAAUAAUAAUAAUAAAUCAAUAAAUGAUAAUUCGAUUCUAUCGAAAAAAUGUCGAUUAGUCACAAAGGGUACACCAGAAAAGUUAAUUGAACAUUUGAUCGCUGACUUGUCCAAUGUAGAUAUUACCUAUCCAGAAGAUUUUUUGCUUACAUAUCGUACAUUUUUAGAUUCUCCACGACCAAUUGUUGAUCGUCUACUAUCAUGGCAUUUACAUAAUCCUAAGUUGAGAUCACGUGUUAAUCGUAUUAUCUUAUUAUGGGUACAUAAUCAUUUCAAUGAUUUUGAAGAUAGUUAUGAUAUGAUGAAGUCAAUCGAAAAAUUUGAUCAUAUGCUUUCAUCAGAUGGUACAGCUGGUGAACGUCGUCUAUUUCGUCUGGCAUGUAGUACAAAAGCUCGUCCACGUCAUGUAGAACUUGUAAUACCAUUGAAAAAUGUACGACAGAAUAUUCAUUCAGAAAAUAAAUCCCUUGGUGGUGAACAACAUGUGAAUACUAGUCACAAUAAUAACAACAACAACAACAAUAAUAAUCAUCUUAUUGAUUUACCAUUUACAAUGAUUGGCGGUGAAGAUGGAUUCGGUGUAUUCAUACAUCAAGUUCAUAGUCUUAUUCACAAUAAUAAUAAUUAUUAUUAUUCAGAAGUCACAUUAUCCCCUGAUUCAAUGGCCAAUCAAAAAUCUUGUCCCACAACUGUCUCAUUAUCCUCCUCAUCCACAUCAUCCUCAUGUGAUUCAGGCUAUCCUUCUUCUUACUGUUUGCCAAGCGUUUUAUCCAUCUAUAAUCAAAUACGUCGUGCUGAUCAACUGCUGGCUGUGAAUGGUCGUUCAGUGGAACAUUUAAAACCAAUCGAUGUAGUACAAAUUAUCAAUUCUAUGAUAAAUGCAUGCUGCCCUUUAGAUAAUAUUAUAACCCAGUUGAAUACUAGUCAUCAUGAUGGGAUUGUUAACUCGACAUCUUCACUAUCAUCAUCAUCGCAUAUUUCACCGGAUUUUGAUCAUUGUAAGGCUACUAUUUCAUCGUCAUCAUCAUCAGGCAAUGCUACUUUCAAUCUUCGGUUAUUAGUCGUUUUUAAUCCAGUUCAAUAUUACCAAGUGAUCAAUUCAAUGAACAGUAAUAAUAAUAAUAAUAAUCCGUUAAAUAACAUUCUGGAGUAUCCUCUUCAAACCAUAGAUGAUGUUGCAAAGCCACAUAGUAGAAGGUUUCCACCACUUCUGAAUACAUUAUUGCAUAAUGGAGAGGAAUUUUGUCGAUUGAAGAAACACAGUUUGCCAACUAGUAUUAGUAUACCCAGUGAUCUUGUUACAAGUAGUACGGAUCGCCUACAAUCCUCUCCAAAUGUAUUAUCUCCAAUAUCAGCAGCGGUGGCCCCAUUGACAACAACAUCAGGUUCUCCAUAUUCUACUUCAUUAAACAAUAAUAAUAACAACAAUAAUUCAUUAGGACGUCGUGGACAAAUCUAUCAUCCGUUAACACCGCAUAUGGGACACAUGGGACGAUCAUCGCAUAGUGCCAAUACUUCACCGACACGGAUAUCUAAUCAGGAAGAUAAUCAAGAUGUUCAAAAAACUACAGGAACAGAUAAUAAACGGUCAUCGAAUAGUAGUCAAUCACGUUGGUCACAUUCAAGAAAAGAUUCUUCAGGUAUUAGUAAUAAUAAUAAUAAUAAUAAAUCAAUAGAACAACAACCUUCACCUACUGAUAAAUUCAAUUAUAAUAAUAAUAAUAAACCUCUUGGUAAUUGUACAAAUAGCCCAUUACAACGAUGCUCAUCACAACCUGAUCUAGUUGCAAUCAAUGCAUUGGUGACAUCAUCCUCAUCAAAGCAUCAAGGAUUUAAUGAAUCAACUAGUCUACAUAAUCAUCAGCAUUUUCCGAAUGAUUUUGAUCAUGUUAACAUAAUUUCAACGAAUAAUAAUAAUAAUAAUAAUAGUCAUCCAGCUGUUACUAUUCCUCCUAUUGCUCCAGUCAAUGUCACUGGCGGUGGUGGUGGUGGUGGUGGUGGUGGUGAUCAUUUGUCUGUUAUACGUGUAUGGCGAGCAAAUGACAGUGGGAAAGAUCAAUCGAGUAAAUUAAUUAUUCUACCGCAUAGACAAACCACUGCUUACGAAGCAACACGUUUAUGCAUUGAAGAAUUUGGGAUACCUGAGGAAGAACAACAAUUUUAUUGUCUGUAUCAUGUAACUGUUGAAUCUGGCCCCAUUGUAAAACAAAGUCGUCUAGCUAAUAUAGUCGAUGACUUGGCUGGACGUUUAACAUUGAAUUCAAGAUAUUAUUUGAAAAAUUUACGCAAUCAUGAUCCAUUGAUAGCUGAUGAUAUUGCAAAAUCUAUCCUGGCUGAUAGUCGUGUCACUUUUAUACAAUUACCUCCAGAAGAAUUGGCUGCACGAUUAACUCUGGAUGAUUAUGAAGUAUUUCGUGCAGUUCAGUCAACUGAGUAUAUUGAUGAGGUGUUUGGAUUGAGUAGUAAUGCUUGCAUGGAUAAUAUGCCGCCGCCUUCCUCCAUUACUUCUAAUAGUAGUGCUACUAAUACUACUAAUAAUAAUAACAGUAGUACUAGUGGAACUUCAAUGUCUGGAAGUGGAAGCAGUAUCGGUGGCGGCGGUAGCUGUGGAUAUGCUACUGGACAUGAAAAUCUAGAUCGUUUCACUGAUCUUGUGAAUCGUGAAGCCUAUUGGGCACCUACAGAGAUAUGUAAUGAAAGUAAUUUAAAUCGACGUGUUGAUUUAUUGAAACGUUUUAUUAAGUUGGCUAAAUUAUGUCGGGAAUUACGUAAUUUCAAUACAAUGUUUUGUCUACUAGUCGGAUUACACCAGACAUGUGUUGAACGAUUAAAACAGACAUGGGAACGUCUACCAAGUAAAUAUCAAAAAAUCUAUCGUGAUUUGAGUAUGGUGUUGGAUACAUCAAGAAAUUUUCAUCAUUAUCGUACACUGAUAUCAAGUAAUAAUGUUUCUGCACCAAUGUUACCCUAUCUACCAUUAGUACUAAAAGAUUUAACAUUCAUCCAUCUGGGUAAUCCAUCACGUACACCCGAUGGAUUAAUCAACUUCGUGAAGUUACGCAUGCUUGCUAAAGAGGUACGUGCUAUCUGUCGAAUGUGUAAUGUAGAUUAUGAUUUAUGCAGCACUGUAGCUUCUACAACUAUUGGCAGCGGCGGUGGUGGUAGUAUUACUGGACAUCGUGGUCGACUUAGCGGUGGUGGUAGUCGAUCACGUGUUGUUGGUGUAAAUCUAAGUGCUGUUAAAGCAGUUGCCUCUGUUUCAAUGAUUAAUCCAAAAUCAUAUUUUUCCAAUAUUACAUCAUCAUCAUCAAUGAACAAUAGUCAGACAAAUAAUACUAGUAAUACCAGUAACAAUAUGAAUGGGACCGAUUCCAGUUGUUUAGAAUAUGAUACUGUUGAAACGGUGAAACAUAGUACUUCUUCUAUGGAUGAGAACAAACAGCAACAACAACAACAACGGGAGAAGAAACUAAGUCAGGAUACAAGCUCUACAACAACGAAUAUGACCAGUAAUAACUCAGCUGGUAGUGGUACUAGUACUACUACUAAUAAUAAUAACGCCGGAAAUAAACGUCUUCAUCAAUUGGGCACUUCUACAACACCUACUUCCAGUGGAAAUUUCAACUUUAGCCUACCUAUAUCUAGUCCUGUUAUGAUUUCUGGAAGUAAUAAUAAUAGCAGUAUUACCAGUGGUGCUGGCGGUGGCGGGAUCCGUAGACGAUCUAAUCUUGCUUUCAUUUCGUCAACGUCAUCAUCAUCAGCAUCCGCAUCAGUGAAUGCAAAGAAAAUCUAUGAAAGUUGGCUAAUGACUCUGCGUAUUCGAACGUAUCUGGCUAAUUUGAAAAUUGUUCAAGAUCCAGAAUUACUCUCUCAGUUGUCUGUGCGAUUGGAGCCUAGUGCAAAAGACUCGAAAACAGGCAUUCAACCGAUUGUUAUUCCAGUCACUGGAGUGGGUAAUUGUUGUACCGCUACAACCACUAUUACUACAACUACAAUUACUACUACUACUACUACUACCACAAGUGAAGGUAGUGAAUCCCACCAGUUUGUUGAUGUAUGCAGUCUUUCAUCGCCUGACAACCGUCCAGAAUCGAAAGAUUCAAAGUUAUCUGCCAAAAGUUGUUUUACUCAACCAGCAGUUAUUAUAGAAUCAAAUUCAUCAGUGAAAAAAUUAUCAUCAAGUAACAACAACAGCAAGACUGUAACACCAUCACCAGCAUCUUCAACAACUUCUGUGUCAUCCUCAUCAACAAUAACUGCUGGCAAUAAUAACGGCAGUACAUUUAGUCGUCCAAUUUUAGGUGCUCAAUCAAUUGAAGAUGCUCGUAAAUUGUUAGCAUUAAGUGAAGGUAGUAAGCGUUCAUCACAAAGACGUUUACCAGCAUUUACAUUCCCUAAUCAUCAUACUACUACGCAUUACAGUCAUAAUAAUAAUAAUAACAACCAUAUAUUCAUGUCCCCAAUGGGACCAUAUGCUGGAAUUGGAUUCGGUCAAUUGAAAUCAUAUAACAAUAAUAAUAAUAAUACUAAUAGUAAUAUGUCAUCUCAUCAUAUGCAUAAUCAUACUAUACAAAUGUUGAAUAGUACUCAGAUAUCAUCACCUCAAAAUUCUUCUCAGCAUCUUCAUCCUAAUUCUAUUCAACAACAAUAUUCCCAACAUCAUCAGCAUCAUCUUCACAAUCAGCACCAACAUCAACACCAAAAUCAUCACUACAAUCAUUCGAAUGCUGCACAUCGUUAUUAUUAUCAUCAUCAUCACCAGCAUCAAAAUCAUCCACAGACGACAAUAGUACAGACACGAUUUUCUACAAAUAACAAUAUAACAACAAAUACAUUUAAUGGAAGUAAAAGUCUCCUAUUAGAUAAUCUUAUUCCAAUACCUUCUCGUAUAACAACAGCAACAAGUGGAGGGAAUCCUACUACUGCAUCAAAUCAAAUCUAUGCAUCAUUGAUGCCGAGUCAACAACGAAAUCCUUGUCAAAUGCGUCAACAACAACAGCAACAUCACCAUCAUAAUCACAACCAACAACAGCAGCAACAACUGGCGGCAACAGCUUCUCCACCACAUCAUCGAAGUCAAUCCACGUCAUCGUCAAAACAACAUCAUCAACAGUAUAAUAUUGUACAAACAAGCAAUCAUAAUCAUCAUCACCAAAAUUAUCAAUAUCAGCAACAACAAAAACAACAACAACAGCAGCAGGCCCAACAGAACCUUCAAUCUCGAUCAAAUUAUAUUGGACCUCGUCCCACGCCAAAUCCGAAUUCCUCAUCAUCAUGUACACAACAGCAACAGCAACAACAACAACAACAAAUGUCUUCCUGUGCCUAUUGGCAUGCCAAUAAUUCAUCUGGUGGACCGUAUACGACGACUCAACAUCACCAGCACCACCAACAACAACAGCAACAACAACAACAAGUUGGUAUGUUGUCAACUCGAUCAUCAAGGGAACAGUCAUUACUACAACAACAACAACAACAGCAGAGACAAACACAACAACAACAACAAAAUUCACUCAAUUCUGAUGAAAAUUACCUUUAUCCAACUGCGAAUACACAUCCUCUUGGUGGUGGUGGUGGUGGUGGUCAUAUCAUAUCUAUCCCGUAUCAUUUCAAACAGUCUACUGUACAAAAAAUCAAUCCACAUUAUUUAAACGCCAAACCAACUCGUCCACCACCUCCGUAUGAGUUGGCCUUAGCUUUAAGACAACCGCAAGGUGAAACCACUUCUACACAACAGCAGCAGCAACAACAACAACAAACUCAACCGGCAUUAUCCUCCUCCUCCUCUUUGAAACACGAUGUAAUUAUGACAACUACACGUCAUAAUAAUAAUAAUCAUAAUUUAUCACCUAACCCUCCUAAUACAAGUGGUAGUAGUAGUAAUAACAAACAACCAUCAGUUGGUCGUACUCCAAUGAUGCAAGCGCAUACACAGUUACAAAAUCCCAAGGUAGAAAGACAAUUAUUUCCUACGAAACAUCAAUCGAAUAAUAAUAAUAACAAUCAUAGUAGCAGAGGUGAGACCACACAACACCAACAACAGCAGCAAUUAUCAACCUCGACAUCAUCAUCGUCGUCAUUGCAUCAAGAGUCAACGAAUCAACAAGGAAAAUCAAUGAAUUCUGUUGAACAGAACAAAUUAUCUUCACCACAACAACGAAUCCAACAGCAACAACAACAAAGACCUUCUCCACCAUCUUAUCAACAGGUUUUAUCCAUGACACGACAAGGAAGUAAUCAAGGCUCGUUGAAAAUUAUUUCCGCUCAAUCACAUUCACGUCCUACAGGUCAUUGUCCAAUGAAUGGUCAGUCCCAACCACAACCACCACCCCCACAAAGAACAAUGGCUACACUGUCAUCAUCAUCAUCAUCAGCGGCAGCAACAGCUGCAGCAGCAUCGAAUUGUAAUCAUGGCAAUUUUAGAGCUUCAUCCGCUAGUCCUGGCAUCAGUAUUAUUCGCCCAAUUGUUAAUGAUUUGAAUUCUGUUGAACCACGUCAAAAACAUUUAGGCAGAUCUACCCAGAAGACGACAACCUUCCAGUAAUCGUAUGCACAGAUAAAGAAGUCUGUUUUCAUUCAAUCAAUAUAUAUCGCACCUCUGAAUUGGAGGAGUAGUAAUAGUAUGAGUAUGAGUAAUGCCAGUUUGAUUGAUCAAUCGAUCGAUACAUCGUCUAUCUAUCUAUCUAUCUAUCUUUCAGUAUUUCAGUAUCCUUUCUUACCAUCCAUAAUAUGAUCUUUUAAUGUUUGUUUUUUGGGGGUGGGGGGUUGUUUUAUAUUACUUAUUAUUUCAUACCUUCUUGUUCUUGUUUUACUGUUGCCUGAUAAUGGUUUUUUUAUCCAUCUGAGAGGGCCCCCGGACCCCUUUGUCACCCCACCCCAUUGCAGCCGUUUGUAUUCUUCUUUUUUUAUAUUCUCGUAUAUAUUAUCUUUAUGUUCAGUCUGUCAUUGUCUUUAGUUUCACAACGCACACACUGACACACACACACACACACAUAAAUGUGCCUAAAAUGGAGAGUUUUCCUCUUUUCGGGUCCCUCCCUCUCUGUCUCUCUCUUUCUACUCAUCCAGUUUUGUAUACUUGGGUCAGUUUGUUCCUGUCCUUCAUUUGUAGCUUUUUACGAGCACAACACUGGAAAAACGCUAGCGUAUGUUCACAUUUUUUUAAAAUUUAUUCAACGAAAUUUAUGCAUUAGCCUUCAUACUACUUAUAAACAAAUCAGUAGUAGUAAAAUAGUAAUGGAAAUAAUGUUGUUGUUAUUAUUAGUAGUAGUAUUAAUUGAGGCGAUUUUUACUCCUCAUUUCUCACAUUCAUUAUUGUGACUGCCAUCAGUCGUAGUAGUACUAUCGACCUCAUGAAGAAUCUCCACUGUCUCUUUUUUGUUAUUUUUCUUUUCAUUUAAAUCGAGCUGAAGUCAUAGUGAGUGUGUAUAGUUUUCAUGCUGCCUUGUCUUGUUACAAUUCUCUCUCUCCCCCUUUCCGUGGUUGUAAAUAUAAAUGAAUGAUUGAAUGAAUGAAGGGAUCUGUGGCAUUGGCAAAUUCCAGCUAACGACACCAUUAGUUCUUCUGUUUUUAUGUAUGUGUGUGUAUGUAUGUAUGACGUAUAUUCUCAUCACAACAAAUAUAUAUCAUCAGUUAUUGUAGAAGGCGUGUGUGUGUGUUUGUGAUUAGGCUUUUCUGUUUACUUACCCUCACCCCCCCCGCACGCAGUUAGUCAGACAGUUAAUUCGUUUCAUUUAUUAUAUGGAUUGGGAUUAUGACAAGCCCCCCUUCCUGCUGCCCCCCUCCCCAUUGGUUGAUAAACACUAAGAUACACACACGCGCCUACGCACUAUGUACAUAAAUUCACGCACACACAUACACACACAUGUAGAUUUAUAUUUAUAUAUGAUUCAAACUUAGUGUGACCUUCUCUUUCCCCACCCCCUCUGUCACCUUGUUUUUCUUCUUUUUAUGUUUUAUGUAUACAUCUCAGAUAAUAAACGAAUGUGAAGAGUUCUUCUUCCCUACCUUCCGCACCAUCUCGACGCUCUUCAGUUUUUAAUCUUUUUUAUUGUUCCAGCUAGCACAUUUUGAGUAUUACUGUGUUAUUCGUCUCCAGGAUCAAAAGGGGGACAGGUUAGUUGGUUGGUUGGCUGGUUGGCUGGUUGGCUGGUUUUGUCUCUGUGUUCUUCAUGAUGUCUACUUUAUUCAUACGAACGCACACACACACUCACAUACACACACGUAGGCCUAUGUAUUCAACUCUUUAUUUUACUUAAUUGAUAAUGAGGAAAUAAUAAUCUAGUGUUUGACGGUCUGUCUGUUUUCAUAUAUAUAACUUUACACACACACACACACAUACAGACAGACAAACAAACAUAAAAUGUAAUUUUUGCAAUAUCUGUCUUCUUCAUUUUUGAUGUGUGCUGUUGGUUUCCAGGGAUUUGAUUGUGGUGGGGUUACAGGUUUGAUCGCGACUUGAUUGAUAUAGUGGAGUACCGGACAGCU